AUGGGUACCUGUCUAGUUGACGGUGUUAAUCACCUAUUCCGGCGUGAAAUGGACCAGAAGCUUUCGUUGUUCCUUAACAUGGUUCAGUCUCCCUUCCGGCAGGAAUUCAGUACAGACGCUUUCUUUGCGUCUUUGGGAUCGUCUUUGGGAAUAUCAGCAGCGAUACUAUUAGCAUGGUGUUUAGUCAGACCCUAUAACUCUGUCGUUUACGCUCCAAAACUACGGAAUGCAGACGAGAAGCACGCGCCCCCGCGGAUAGAGAAGGGAUACUUUGCAUGGCUUACGCCACUAUUGAAAUGCCACGAGGCGGAUCUCCUACCAAAGCUCGGGCUUGAUGCCAUCGUCUUUCUGAGGUUCUUACGAAUGUGCCGAAACAUAUUUUUUGUCUUGGCCAUUCUUGGUUGCGCGGUCAUGAUUCCAGUCAACGUCAGCUGUAACCUAAAGAAUUCUUGGACAGAUGUAAAUGGGACUUCGAGCUCGAGAAAGUGGUUUGUCCUUAUGAGCCCUAACUACACUUGGGGCAAUUGCAUGUGGGCCCAUGUCAUCGUCGCUUGGGUCUUCAACUUUAUCAUUAUGUACUUCCUAUACACAAAUUAUGCCGCUAUUACAACUAUGCGUAAGAAUUUCUUCGAGACUCCCGAGUACCAGGCGUCACUUCAUUCGAGAACAUUGAUGAUCACGGAUAUCCCAAGCUCAUAUCGUUCCGAUGAUGGCCUUGGCAAGAUAAUUGGAACACUCAGUGUUCCUCACCAUGGUGACGAGAGAUGCGCUAUAGGGAGAAACGUCAAGGAUCUUCCGGAGCUUAUUGACGAACAUGGGCAAGCUGUCAGAAAGCUUGAAGGGUUUCUUGCAAAAUACUUGAAGAAUCCCGAUAACCUCCCUGCAAGAAGACCUGUUUGUAAGCCGCAUAAAAAUGAUAAAUCGGUCCCACAGGAUUCGGAUGUGGAUGCUAUCGAAUAUCUUGGUCAGAGGAUCAAAGAUUUGGAGAAGCACAUUUAUGCCAUCCGGGAUACAAUCGACAAACGGGAUGCUCUGCAAUAUGGAUUUGUGUCGUUUCCAACGAUCUCAAGGGCUCAUAUAGCUGCCAAGGCCACUCGAGGGAAGCACCCUAAGGGCACUACUAUCAAAUUAGCCCCGAGGCCUAAUGAUAUCAUUUGGGAUAACUUGACUCGCUCAAAGAGUGCAAGGCGUGGGAACAAGAUGAUUGGAAAUUUCCUUUUCGUAAUGCUUUCAAUCCUCUUCGUAAUACCCAAUGCUCUUAUUGCGGUGUUUCUGUCGAAUCUUCACAAUAUUGCAGCUAUUUGGUUUGAGUUUUCGGUAUAUUUGAACCAACAUUACAAAGCAUUCGCUAUAGUUCAGGGUUUCCUUGCACCGACUAUUACAUCAAUUAUUUAUCUACUUCUUCCCAUUGUUAUGAGACGUAUCUCAGCAUGGCAGGGCGAUGUCACGAAAGCUUCUCGUGAGCGGCAUGUCACCAGCAAGCUGUACUUCUUCUUUGUGGUCAAUAAUUUGAUCAUCUUCACUUUGUUCGGAACUCUCUGGACCACCAUUCAAACUUUGGUUACAAUUUCGGAUACUGCGGGGCUUACCUGGGACGCUGUCAAGAGUAUUGGGAUAGCAACGAAAAUUGCUAUCGCCAUGUUCGACGUCUCGACAUUCUGGAUAACCUAUCUCUUACAAAGAAAUCUUGGCGCCAUUCUGGAUAUUGCACAGCUAGUCUCAUUAGUCUCGAAAAGUCUUUACAGGCGAUUUGCAUCCCCAACCCCAAGGCAGAUGAUUGAGUGGACUGCUCCGCCUGCGUUCGAGUAUGCAACAUAUUACAACUACUUCCUUUUCUACGCCACGAUUGGCUUGGUAUUUUCGACAAUCCAGCCUAUCGUCCUUCCGAUCGCAUUUAUAUACUUUUUGGUUGAUAGCUUUCUCAAGAAAUACUGUCUCAUGUAUAUAUUCGUUACCAAGGUUGAGAGUGACGGGUCGUUUUGGAGAUUACUCUUCAACAGGUUCUUAUUUGCAACUGGCUUUUUCAAUAUCGUGGUAGCUCUAGUUGUCUGGGUACGAUACACCUCCCAAGCAGCGUUUUGCGUACUUCCUUUGAUUGCAUUCUUGAUUGGAUUCAAGUUUUAUUGCCGCAGAGUCUUUGAUGUUCAAAUUCGUUAUCAUACCAAGGGUACAGACCGGGAGAGUAUGAUUAGUGCAGGCAAAUUCACACGUAAAGACAAAUUAGACAAGAGAUAUGGCCAUCCUGCACUUUGGCGCCCCUUGAUUACACCAAUGGUAGACGCCAAGGCGAAGCACGUUUUGAGCCAGGUUUACUACGGCAGAAUCAACUCGGAGCAGCACAAAUCAACCUAUGGAGACGUCGGGUUGAGUCUCAUGCAGCCAGGACAGGCAGGGAGAAGACAACAAGACCCACUUGCUCACCAAUUUGAGAUGGUCGAUGAGGCAGACAUGGACUUUCAGAAUUUCAAGCAUCGCGCCGAAUUCGCAUCUGAGCACGGCGGAAGCAAUGCAUAUGGGCCUAAUUUUGAUGCAUACAGCGACGCUGGAACAUUUACCCCACCACCUGGAUUCCAGUCGCCGGCAAGUUCCAGACCUGGUACCCCCACCGGAAGACCAAAUCCUAGUCCCUUGUCAUUAUCCAUGAUAGGGUCGGACUACCAACAGGUUCCCAAUCCUGCGCCUCCAAGUUUUCGUGCGCAGAAACGCUCCGAGAGCCCAUAUCUUGGCGACAGAGUCAGCAUGAUGAGUCCAGAUGGAGGAGAAGCCACGGUGGAUUGGAGCAUACAUGACGGUCGCAGCGAAACGGGCUCAGUUACACAUCUCUUGAAGGAUCAAGGGCAGCAUCACUACGUACCUGGGCCAUCUUCGCGGCGAGGCCCUCAAUAUCCACAACAGCCUUACGAUCAUGAAGAAUACAGGGGGGUUCCGAGGCGGUAA